UCGUCGUCCGCGGCGCGUACGUCCCCGCGGCGAUCAUCGCGAGCUCUUCCCUUCGCGAGCACCCUCCCGGCGGCGGCCUCAACGGCGGCGGCGGCGGCGGCGGCGGCGCCCUCGCUUCGGCGCGCGCCCUCGCGAGCGCGUCCGCGGGUUCCCCUCUCGCGUCGUCCGUCUCGUUCGUCCUCGCCUCGCGCAGCGCGCGCGUCCGCAGCGACGCCGCGACCCUCCGCACCGGCUGCGUCAUCCACGCGUCGAGCGUCGGGACGUACUUGGUCGCCUCGCGCGCGAGCUCGCGCGCGAUCCCGCGCUCGAAGCGAUGCGCGUUCGGCGCGUCGCGAAUUACCCUCUGGAAUCGCGCCUCGAGCGCGACGUGCGGCGUGUUCGCGAACGGCCUCGCGAGGCUCAGCACCGUGGCGAUGUCCGACGCGGUGACGAGCCCGUCGCCGUCCGCGUCGAACGCCGCGUGUAUCGCGUCGCGCAGGUGAUCGCCGACGUCCCUCUCCACGUACGCCAUCGCCUCGGCGCGUCGGAGGCAUCCGACGAACCCUUCCGCGUGCGCGCGGUGCGCGAGGACGAGCUCGAGGCGACGCACGAGAUGCGGGCCGUACACGCCGUGGAUGGUGUUGUCUCGCGCGCUCGGCGUCGUCCCGCCGUCGCCGCGCGAGGAGGAGGAGGAGGACGACGCGCCGACGAAGCCGCCGCGGUCCGCGGCGGCGGUGAACCCCAUCGACCGCAGCGCGGAGGGGUGUGACGCGAGGAGGAGGUUCGAACUUUCUGAGUCAUCAACGAUCUCGUCCGUUGAUUGUUCGGGCGCGCGGGUGAUGCUCUGCGCGCGCGCGGUCGCAUCCGCUCACGGCCGCGCGUCCUUCUCCUCCCGCCAUCACCCCCGCGCGGCGCGCCCGCCGCGCGCGCUCUCGCGGCUCUCCGUCCUCGCCGUCGCGAGCUGCUGCGCGCUGCGAACCGUGGUCGCGAUGGCGCACGCGUCGUCGUCGAACGCGGCCGCGGACGUCGACGAGGAGGUGAACGUCGUCGUCGUCGGCGCCGGCGUCAGCGGCCUCGUCGCGGCGUGGAAGCUCCACGACCAGGGCCUCACCGUGAGCGUCCUCGAGGCGCGAUCGCGCAUCGGCGGGCGGUGCUUUUCCACCCCCGGCGGCGCCGACCUCGGCGCGUCGUGGACGUGGCCGCCGCACGAGUCGCGCGUCGCGACGCUCGCGAAGCGGCUGGGACUGAAGUGGACGGCGCAGCGGCUCGAGGGCGGCGUGCGCUUGCCCGCGGCGCAGCGCGUCGACGGCGGCGGCGAGCGCCUCGCGCCGUGCGGCCCGGGCGCGCUUCGAAUGGAGGGCGGGAUGCAGGAGAUCGCGCACGCGCUCGCGGAGCAGCUCCCGGCGCGAACGAUCCGGCUCGGCGCGGAGGUGAUGGAGAUCGUUCGCGCGCCCAUCAGCGAGGGCGACGGCGCGGCGGGGCGCGAGCGCGUCCACGAGACGCGGCGCGUGCGCGUCACCGCGUUGGACGACCACCGAGGGCGGACGAUCACGAUGCACGCGCAGCACGUCGUGAUCGCGACGCCGCCGCGGAUCGCCGCGCGGAUGCGUUGGGACCCGCCGCUGCCGCCGAGAAAAUUGAGAAAGAUGAUCGACACUCCGGCGUGGGCGGGGGACUGGUGUAAGAUCGUCGCGACGUUCAAGACGCCGUUCUGGAUCGAGACCGGCGACAGCGGCGUCGCGCAGAUGAGCCGCGACUCGCUGUUCGCGGUGACGUGGGAAUCUCACGGAGGGGAGUCCACGGACGAGCCGGGCGUGCCGUCUCUCGCGGGGGUAAACUUUGGCAAGGCGGCGUGCGACCGCCUCGACGCCUACGGCCCGCACGAGGACCCCGCCAUCGGGUUAUCGAACCACGCGCUGAAGGCUGCGGUCGCGGACGAUCUGAGCAAGGUGUUCGGCGUGGACGUGAUAUCGUUCCAGCUCAUCAACGUGUAUCACAAGAGUUGGAGGAACGACCCGCGAACGUACGACCGCGGCGACGAAGAUCCGUUGAAUCCAGCCUACGCGGGCGAUCCGCGGAGCGGGUACGGCGACCUGUUGUUGCGAGAGGAAGUCGAGGGUGGCGUGCACUUCGCGGGGACGGAAACGGAGAACGCGGCCGGGCACGUCGACGGCGCGGUGAUGGCGGGCGAGCGCGUCGCGGAGGAGAUCAGAGGCGAGCGCGCGGCGGCGAAGUCGCGACGCGGCGAACGCGGCGAGUUCAAGUGA